AGUGAAGCUCAAAAUGAUUAGUUAGAUAGCUGUUCUAGACAUCCCCCUCCGCGGCCCAUGUCGACCCGCGAGGGAGGAGGAGCAUGGCGCACCUACACAUCGAAACAAGUGCUGGGUGCGAAAGGUGCUUCCCAGCUGGUGGGCAUGUUCAAAAAUCCUGAUCCACCUGGCGCAAAGGAGAAAGAAGUGCGGGAGGCCGAAGAGAAGGAGGCGCACGCGCGGCACUUUGCCGGCCUGCUGUGGACGGUGAUUGGGGUGCCUCCGCCCGACUUCACCGUGGUGGCGGAUUCGAUUGGCCCCAGCCAUCGUGCAUGCCUUUCUAUCUAUACCCAACCACAGCCGCAUCCACUCAAGGAGGUGCGAGUGCUUGGCCCUCGGCGAUCCACGCCAGAAGAGGCACGGAAGGAUGGCUGUGACUUGAAGCGUGUAGCCUUCAAAUGCGCAGAGAAGAAUUUCAACCUUCAAGAGGUUUGGCGCAAGUGCUACCAGCUGGAAAACAAGCAGUGGUCCCUCCAGGAGCUUGCAGGUGAAGACGUGCAAGAAAGUGCGGAGAAUCUGCUCCCCGAGGUCCAAGCAGCACCGAGAACCAAGAAGGAUCAUUGCGAGACCACGGCCGAGUGGUUUCAGGUCAACAAUCGGAGGCGAGAUUACACCGAGAAUUUCUCACCAAUUGGGCCCAGCUGGGCUUUGGCGCAGCUCCAGACGCCCGUUCCAAAGCUGCCAGGAGUUUGGUACAUGCACGAGAGGCAAAACCAGGAGGGAAAGCAUGUUCCCUUUCUGUUCUUCAACGCGGAAAGCGGCAGAUACUACCGCAAUCGCUCGAGUGACGUUGCCUAUGUCCCGGCCAAAAGUCGGUGGCUUCAAACAGGCUUUCCACACCAGGCAGAGGAUCACUCCAUGAAGAUGUCGCAUGGAUCCGUGUGUUUGCCCACGCCGAGCAGCCGCAAAGAUGACCUGGCCGUGAUCCUGCCGGAGCUGGCGCGCACGGGAUCCUUGUUGAAGCAGCCUUUGCCUUUUGCUGACAAGCCGGCAGCCCUGUUUUUGCUGGUGGAUGGGCUGCGCAACUCUUCAGCCUCCGAAUGGUGUGCGAAGCGCUUCCAUACGCACCUGCUUCCCCGGUUGUCAGCGCUGCACUCCGAUCCGGAUGAUGGUGAGUUGGUGUCUGUGGUGAAGGAAGCCUUGACUCACCUGGACCACGCGCUCCUGGAGAGUCCCGCUCGCUAUGCUGGAUGCAGUAUUGCUGUUGCGCUCCUGAUGGGCACCCGGCUGGUGGUUUGCACGCUAGGUGGCUGCAGGGCAACGAUUUGCACUCCAUCAUCAGAACCAGUUGGCCCUGUAGCCAAGAAAAGAACUGGCGCUGAACUGCCGAAAUGGAGCUGCAGACCGGUGGAAGGCACUUUGCCGGGACACACCAGGAUAGACAUCCUGCAGUCCCAGCGGCGCCGCCGCGUGGAGGCCUAUGGCCCUUUGGACUUCGAUGGUCGGCCUGGGGAGCAACUCCGAGCCUGUGGACCUUCAGAGGCAGCCCUUAGCAAUCUGCCUGAACGUGACCGCGCAGUGCAAAGAGCACUGCGCGCGGCCCAUCCCUUUUCUGCCUUGGGCCUCUCAAGGGCAGAGGCCCUGGCUGCUGGGCCAGGUGCCGGGCAGAAAGCUGUUGAGGCGAUUGAGACCCUGCUGGCCCCCCGCCGUGGUGAGCACCAGGUCGAAGCGGCCCGUAGCCGUGUUCAGGCUGCCGGGGAGGCUGUCGACAAGAUGCUCACGCAAGACGCUUUCGGGGCCCAGCAGUUGGUGGAACUCUUUUAUGUGCUGGACGAAGAGGAAGGCAUCAUUAGUCAACAGCGGGCAGCUGCACUGCUGGCCGUCCCUCCCGGGUGCGGUGAGGCUGUAGCGAGUGGCGCGGUACAUGUCCGCUACCAAGCAGUUCUCAGUGGAUUGGCGGCUACCUGCCCUGCAGAUGCGACACGAGGUUGGGACAUUCUGAGGGAGGCCAUCGAUGCUGCAGGGAGGCCAUCGACUCCGAUUUGGACGCCCCCCGCCGAGUCCAGAGGAGUCGAGGUCUCGGCUGCCAUGGGGCUCCGGGAUCUAAAGCGUCCCAGAAGGCUCAUUGGGAUGGAAAUGGCAUGCGAUGUGUUCCGAAUAGAUCCAGGAAACACUCUUUGCUUGCUCCUCCUGACGGACGGUGCGAACGCCGUGAAAACCACUGAAAUGGCGACAGCUGUGGCAGCAAACCAGGGUCGGCCAAAGGCAUUGGCCACACAGCUAGCCGCCGUUGCCUCGGAGGCAAUGCAAGGUGCCAAAGAUGAGGAGCCGAAGGAUGUCUCUGUAGGCAUCUUGGCCGCCUACUUCUCGGUGAAAGCUGUGGAAGAUCCACCAGUUGAGACCGAAGCGGAUUCCAAGAAAAGGAAGGCGCCAUCAGCUGAAGUUGUAGUAGGGCCACAGCCUGGGGGUGGACUACCCAACCGAAUUCGGGUGAGCCACAUCCUGAUGAAGUGGGAGUCUUUGAGCUCUCACGAUCCAAUGGCUCGACGUGCUGCACCAAAAGGUCGCUUGCAGGCCGACGCUGAAAAGGAGCUCCUGAAGCUCUUGCAAAUCCUCAAUGAGAUGCCUCAGAAUACUCCAGAUGCUGCCAAGAAGUUGUCUGCAAAAUUUGCUGAGUUGGCGAAGGCGCAUUCGGAUUGCAACUCUGCGAAUAACGGUGCUCUGGCCGACUUGGGCUGGAUCGUGCCAGGACAGUCAGACAAGGACUUCGAAGCUGCCGCAUUUGAUCUUGCGGUUGGCGCGAUUAGCGACAUCGUGAUCUCGCAGAGGGGAGCUCAUCUCGUACAUCGCCUCGCUUGAGCAUCCACUGUGCGUGGGAAAUCUCGAAAAGAAACUGGUUGAGCUGGCAGAAGCUUCAAG